AUGGUUCAUGAUUUUGCGUAUGGGAUUUUAUGCAUCAUAAAUGCCGAUGAAGAUAGAAAUUCGAAAUCGACGAAAAUAACUACCCACGAUCAAGCAUACAAAGCCGCAUACGUGGACUCUUGGAUUAUGGAAAACCAAAUGUCUUCUAUGCACUGCAUUGCUUCCUUUGAACAAAAACAGCAUGAGCUUGAAGUCCAUACUUCAACGAAAUGGCUAGAUUUGCUUGAAAUGUUGCUUUAUUCCUACAAUGUUCGCUGUACUUCAAUCAAGUAUCAUGACGAAGAAGGAGACGAGGUGUCGGUCAGCAGCCAAGGUAGAAUCGAAGUCAAUAAAUGCAUCCUUGUUGUUUGCUACUCUACAGUUUUUACUUACUUUCAAGACAUGUUGAUUAGUGCAUCUAAACCGGAGGCUUUCAAAUUUUGCAUUAUCGGUGAAAUUGUCAAUGAACCUUUCCCUACUGGUGUAGCACCACCAGUAGAAGAAAACUCCAAUCAGACCGAUCUAAUAACUGAACCGAUCGCAGCCGGUGGUAAUGGUAAUUGCGGUCGAAUGCAGCGAAUAAAACGAUUUUUAAACAACAUGAAAGAAGUUGCAAAAGAGCUCAAAACAUCAUCUCAGGAACUGCGUGAGACGGUGAAUACAAAGGAGCCUCCAGAAUGGUUUAAAAAUUCAUCUGAUCAUAUGUGCCAAAUGAUCAUCAGUGGAGUCUUAUCGGGCUUAGAUAAUGCUGUUGUAGCAUCAGUACCCGGUAAUAGUACUCUGCAAUCACAAUUGGGUAAUAAUUGUGACAAUGCACGACCUGUUUAUGUCCAUGAUAAAGUUUUCUGUGACGUCUGCAAUCAAACCAUCGUUGGAAUUCGAUAUAAAUGCGGAAAUUGUGCUGACUACGAUUUAUGUGAACAAUGCGAGAGUAUCCCAAAUAUCCAUGAUAGCACCCAUGUGUUUUUGAAAUUACGAAAGCCCGUUGUAGCAGCUGGACGCGACCCAGUUACUGGUUUGGUCUCGCCAUUACUGCAUAAAUGUGUUUACAAGCCGACACUAGCGUCAGAGCAACACGAAACAGAUUUCUUCGUAUCAAAGCCCCAACCAGAGCCAUAUGUUAUAGACGCUAUCUUGGCUGAAAGAAAUUGUGAAAUUUACCGCGAGAAAUCGAGUAAGGAAUUAAAGAAGAUAAUGAAGGCUGAGAAACGAAAACUAAAGCAAAGUUUAAGUGCAAGCUUAUGUAGUGAAGAAAGCUCUCCAGAUAUUUAUUACCCAAUCAAUCCAAACCAAAAAUUUACCAAGACUUGGUGCAUACGCAAUACUGGUAAAUCAACUUGGAACAAUAUCAAGUUGAUUUAUAUGAAAGGAAAAUGUAAAUCACAGAGACUUAAACCAGAGGCGGAUGGCAAGGUCUUCCUUCCCGCUGUAAAACCUGGUGAAAAACAUUUUGUAACCGUGUCAUUCAUAGCUCCACACUUACCGGGAGAAUACUUUAGUAUUUUACGACUAAAAUCAAAUGGCAUCAAAUUUGGACCUCAUUUCAUAUGCAAAGUUAAUGUUGUCAAUCAAUACAGUCAUGAAGAUACUUUAACUGAACCGAUUGCUGCUAUACCUACCACAGAGUUAAACUGUGAUGAUAUUGCAUCCUCGCAACAGAGUUCGAUUGCUACGUCAUCAGAUAUUGUUAUUGUGAAACGUUCUGAUUACGAUCCGAUAGCUGUCGCAUGUGAAACGUUAUGUGAGGAUAACUUAUUGAACGCUGAUAAUAUCGAUGAUCGUAAUCUACACGUAGAAGAUAGUGAAGCAAAAGAAAGCAGACGUACAUCAGAUGGUAGCAUUGAAACAUUAUCAGUAUCUGUCCAUCAAGAUUGCACUCUUCCAGUACAAGAUGCAUGCAAUUAUAAUGAAAAGACUCAGACUACAGAUCGAAAGCCUGCUAAUGAGGGUUGUGAUGACUUCCUUAUUGUGGAUUUACCCGACUGCUUUGACAUGACAAAACCACUUCCUCCGGAAAAAAUUGCUGCAAUCACUGAAGCUUUUGAGAAAUCUAGGAAUGAAAGUUACUUUGGUGUUGAUAGUAUUGAAAGCAGUUUACAAAGGACGUCAAUAAGUGAAGAUCUGGAUACAGUAAAAUCAGCAGAAGAUUUUAAAGAUAUUAAUGCAGAUGAUGUAUCUAUUGCGUCAACAUCUUCAAGCGAUAGUCAAUCUUACAGUAGCGUAGAUGAAGUAGUUAAUGUAGCUGUCGUCGAUCAACCUGUGAGAUUAUCACCUGAUCGAGAUGAAGAAGAGAUUAUGGAACCUAAUAUACAGCAACACGAUGAUUUUUCUAAUUCCCAAGAAGUUAAUAAUGUUCCCGAGCUAGGAUAUAACUCUACUGAUAGAACUCCUACUUCAAGCAAUGAAACUGAUAACGAUAGCAUCAGUAAUCGAAUGAUGAAUUUCUUAGAAGCGGUCUCUGCGGGCGCCACUUCACUCCAAAAUGCAAUUUCGCGUGCUGUUGAUGGUGAUACUUCAGAAUCGCAACCAAGUUCAGAGAAAGAUUAUGAGAAACAAGAGUCGAAUCCGAAUCUUAUGGAAGAGCUAGUCCGGAUGGGUUUCUGCGAUAGGAAAGUAAAUCAAGAAUUGUUGGACAAAUACCCUGAUAACGUUAAUGCAGUUAUAACAGACUUAUUACAAACACUUAAUGAUGGCUGGGCUGAGAGAAGACAUUAA